GCAUGAAAGCCCAGCACUGGCUGUUACUGUCUGUAGUAUCUAUGACUAAUGAGUGAUAGCAGCUGGUGGGGCCACCGUGUUGGUGCACCAGGUGCAGGGAUUCGUCCCUGGAUCUCUCAGUCCCUGUCUGUCUGAUUUAUAUAACUCCCGCACGUACUCUUGCUCUCCUCCAUUCGCCCUCUCUUUCCCUCCUGUACCGUUAACACACAAUCCGUCUCUCCGUAUCCCUCCGCCGGAGAUGCAAGGCCUCCAGCAGCGUUGUUCCGCGGACCUCGCCCACCUCGACCUCAGCCCGUCCCCCACCACCUCCCCCUCCCCCUAUGCCACCUCGUUCUCCAUCGAUGGGGCCGAGUCGGCGGAGGAAAAGAUCCAGCGGCUGAUAUCGGAGCACCCCGUAAUCAUCUUCAGCCGCUCCGGCUGCUGCAUGUGCCACGUCAUGAAGAAGCUCCUCGCCACCAUCGGCGUCAACCCCACCGUCAUCGAGCUGGACGACCACGAGAUCGCUGCCCUCCCGGUAGCCCCCGAUUGCGAUCCGUUGUCCCCUAACGCUGGCCACACCACCCAGCCACCCCCGGCCGUGUUCAUCGGCGGGACGUGCAUCGGGGGGGUCGAUUCCCUCGUGGCCCUCCACCUUAGCGGCCACCUCGUGCCUAAGCUCGUAGAAGUAGGCGCCCUCUGGGUAUGACACAUGCACCAUAUAUUAUAUCAUCCCCGAUCAUAGCAUAGACAUAGAUACAGAUAUAUCGUGUAUUAUUUACAUGCGGAACGCAUCGUGUCCGCAUGUAAUAAUACUAAGGGUGAGGAUAUGUUCGAUAGUUUGCAAAUUCAUGUAAGUAUAAGGGAUUUCUGAUCCAAUACAUCAUAUCGCGGGGUCUGGGCGUCUCGCGUGAUGGUGGGCUCGACCCUGGGAUAUGAUGCAUAGAUCGGAAACAUCCGGUGAGAGUGUUCAUCAGGUUGAUUUUAAAUUGAGCAAAAGAACCAAGAUUAGGGCAAAAUAAGAAGUAGCGGUAGCUACAUGAUUAUUGUAUUGUACUUUGUUGUUCUGUUCUUGCUUUUGGGGUAUUAUUCUGCGAGUAUUUUGGUCAAACUGAAGACGAAGAAGAACAAGAAAAGAAGGGAAGGGAAUAUGGUUUGGUGGGAAUGGGAUGCCAGUAAGCUAUCGGCCAUAGGCUAACUGUGAAGUGACACGUGUACGGUGGAUAAUGUGUGGGAUCAAGAAGGAGAACGAUUAUUGGCCAUAGAUUUGUCGGUCCCAUGUCCCAAUUAUUGAUCAAACUUAGUCUCAGGGUUGUCAUCCCUUUGAAUGGAUUUGGACCUUUGUAUUUGAAGAAUCUCUCAACUUACAUUGGGAAUUCUAGUUGAAUAGGAUGCUCUAUAUGUCUAUGAAUAUAUAUGAUUUUGUAAUUUGAUGUUUUUUGUUUUAAUGAGAUUAUAAUUUCAUUGUUCAA